CACUUUGUUUCCUUUCCACUUUCCUACACUUUCCUCUCUACUUUCCUUUCCCUUUUCAUUUAAGUGAAAUUCAAAUACCAAAAGUCACAAUCACCUUUUUUUUCUUUGUUUUAACUAAAUUCUUCUUGUAGUUUUCACUUUUUUCAAUUACAAUUUGUGGGGUUUUUGUUUUCUUGAUUUAAUUUGUUAGUCACUUCACAUCACACAUGUACUAAAUGGACAAGAAAAAUUUGUUCUUGAACAAUGUCAACACAAUGAAUGAGUUGAAUUGUACUAGUACUAAUUUUUACAAUCCUAAUUGGGAGAAUUCUUCAAUGGAUUAUCAAAAUGACAAUAUUUUGUCUAGUAAUAGUAACAAUUUUGGAGAUAAUUUUGGUGAAAUCUCACCAAAUUCUUUUGUUGAUAGUAAUAACAAUUCUUGUUAUACUACUCCAUUGAAUUCUCCUCCAAGACUCAAUCUUUCCAACUUUGAUCAUCAAAUCAAGGGAAAUUUUCCAAAUAUUAGUAAUAAUUUGCCACAUUUUUCUGCUAAUCUUGGAAAUUUUUCUUGUUUUGGUGGCAACAAUUUGGUUGGCAAUGAAACAAAAUUUGUCCAAAAUUUGGAAAGUUGUAAACUUUCAAGAAAUAAGUAUGUCAAAGAAAGUGAAUUUGGAGAUUCAAGAGAGAAUUCUUCAAUUUCUCAACAAAUCCAACUUGAAGAAAUUGGAAUUAAAUGUCCAAAUGAUGCAAAUUCCAAGAAGGGGAAAUCAAUUCCAAAGAGGAAAGCUAAAGAAAUCACUCCCAAGGAUGAUAAUGUUUCAACACAAAACAAUGAAUCAAGUUCCAAAAAAGUCAAAACUGAUGACAAAAAUGAAGAAAAUCAAAAGCCUCAAGAACCAUUAAAGGAUUAUAUUCAUGUUAGAGCUAGAAGGGGUCAAGCCACAGAUGCACAUAGUCUUGCUGAGAGGGUGAGAAGAGAGAAAAUUGGUGAAAGAAUGAAGUUUUUACAAGAUCUUGUACCUGGAUGCAAUAAAGUGACUGGAAAAGCUGUGAUGCUUGAUGAGAUUAUUAACUAUGUACAAUCCCUACAAUGUCAAGUUGAGUUCCUCUCGAUGAAGUUAUCUAAUAUGAAUCCAACAACUGACUUCAACGCGGAAUCUCUUACAUCUAAGAAUAUGUUUCAAUCCGUCGGAUCGUUGCAUCAUAACAUGAAUUCAUCAGAAUCCACAAUACAAGAAUUUCCAUAUGGAUUCCAAUCUCAACAAGGGCCAAAUUUACAGAGUUUCUUACCUAAAGAAACAGAAUUUCCAUUUAAAGUUAAUCCUCAUUUGGAUGGUUUUGUGGAACAAACACCUCAGGUUGCAACAUUCUUUGAAGAUCAUGAUCUUCAUAGUUUUAUCCAUAUGGGGUUUGGCCAAAUUCAAGCACAGAACUAUCAUGGCAAUGUGCCCACAGCACAAAUGAAGGCUGAACUAUGAAGAAAAGACCAUUUGAUAAAACUUUAGCAUUCGUUUGAGCCGAGAGUCUAUUGGAAAUAGUCUUUCUAUCCUGUAAAGAUCGAUGGAGUGAUGUAUGCAUACAUCGACCUACUCUCUCCAGAUCCCUCUUAUAGGAUUACACCGAGUAUGUUGUUGUUCUUUGAUUCAAGAAGGGGAAAAAAGAAGAUGGAGCUCAUUUUUCACUUCCAA